CCCAUUCAAUUCAAUUCAAUCAUUCAAAUAUAAAUUACCCAAACACAACAACAACAUUGUUCAAAACAAACCACCAAAUGAAGAAGAACCACCAAAACCAAAACCUUAACCUCGGUGGCAUGUUUUCAAAUCCCCUCAGCGAGAUCCAAACCAAUAGUACUCGUCGUAGUUGCAGCAACGUAACAGACAACAAAGAAAACACCAAUGCCAAUGUUGUUCCUUCUCUUCCAAAAUCCAAAUCAUUCUCAACCAGAAUCGUGAAGCCUUCUUCGUUACAGUUCUGCAUGCAAAUCAACGAUUCUUCUCAUUUUUCAAACUCUCUCAAAAUCUGGGACUACUCUGAUUCCGAAGCAGCUCCUGCUUCCUCUUGGUCCACUUUACCUAACAAGUCAUUGAUUUGUAGACCUUUACCUAUAGAUAUUGGAAGAUGUACAUGUGUAAUUGUCAAAGAACCAACCCCUCAGGGUCUCUCUGCAACCACCUUCUUCUCUCUAUAUACCUACGAAGGUCAGGGACGGCAGAAUAGGAAACUGGCUGUAGCCUGCCACAACCGCCGGAGAAAUGGAAGAUCACAGUUCACAGUAGCUCAGAAUGUAAAAGGAUUACUCUCUUAUUCCGACGAAACUUUCCUCGGCACAGUAACGGCGAACCUCACCGGCUCAAAAUACAACAUUUGGGAUCAGAAACAUUGUCCUAAUUCCAAAACCAAAAGUAAUCAACCAAAUUCAAAGCAGCCUCUUGCUGUUGUUGAGUAUGUACCUACAAUACCAACAUGUACAGGAACUCAUAGAAGUAUCAAAGCAUAUAUACCUAAUCAUCAAGCUAUGUCUUUCAAGAACACUUCACAGGUGCAACAUAGUAAGGGUUUGCCACUCAAUUGGAAAGGAAAAUUGGACAAAGUUCAUCAACUAUACUCAAAGGAUCCACUCUAUAACAAGAGUACAAAGCAAUUUGAGCUUGACUAUAGGGAUAAAGGAAGAACAGGACUUGUAAUUCAGAAAUCAGUUAAAAACUUUCAGCUCACUUUAGAGGAGAAUGGGAAGCAGACAAUUUUGCAGCUAGGGAGGGUGGCAAAAUCUAAGUUUGUUAUGGACUAUAGAUAUCCUUUGACUGGUUACCAGGCUUUUUCGAUAUGUCUGGCUUCCAUUGAUGCAAAGCUUUGUUGCAUAGUGUAAUGGGAAAUCCUCGUUUCCACACAAUCGAUUCAAGAUAUCUUCUGGUUGAGAGGAGUCCCUUCCGGGUAGAACUAAUAGUUGAUUUUGUCUAAUCUUCAGCUAGGAAGAUAUAACGCCAUCCAAAUAUCACAGAAACUAAUGUAUAAAUCGUUGUGCUCAGAUGAGCAAUUCAUUACUAUUACAUGUUUCAGACUUUGUAAAACAUGGCUACUAUUUAACUAAAUUAAAUUCCAAGGUA